AAGCGGUAGUUGUAUUUCGUUGCUGAGUUUUUCAUUAUGUAAACAAAACUUGUAGAAAGGACUAUCAUAACCAACAUUUAAAGUUUUACAAGUUUACAAGAUGAAGAAAAAAAGGAUAAACUCCGCAAAUUUUGGAGGUAAAAGAAACAAAGUUUUCAGUUUUGUGUCCCCUUCGACAAGUAUUCCUCCUCUUGUGGAGGGUCAUGUGCGAUGUUUCCUUAGAGUCACAGUAAGCAGAGUGCUGUGGACAAUAGCCAAGCCUCCUUCACACACUCUUAUCCGAUUACGAUGGUGGGGUGAAACAACUGGAGGCACUGUGUUUUGUCCCAGGCAUGGAUCCCUAGAUGUGAAGUCCACAACCAGGUUUCCAGUUCGAUGUGGCCUGAAGCAGUUUACUUCAUAUUUAACAGAUAUGGGCUUACUGGUUCUGGAUGUUCUUAUAAAGCCUGAUCACUUACCCAUAGCACAAGUUCAAAUACUUGGCAUUGCUGAAUUGUCUCUGACUUAUUCUAUUAGUGGGUCUUUUCCCCUUGUGUCAUCUGUGUCUGAAAAACUUGGUGAGCUACAGGCCACACUGGCUUUAGAGCCCCUUACAGAAACCAAUGACAGCAGCAGCUCAGUGCCAACUGUAGACAUGAGCAUUGACACAGCAGUUUCCGCACCGAGAUACAUUUCUGACCAAAACAUGCUGCUGCCAUCUUCAUCCCAUUUUGGUUCAAAAAUCAGUGGAAAUGAAUCAGAUUCUGGAGGCAAACCAAUAGAAAAGGAACAUUCAUACUUUCAAGCGAGCAGAAAAUCUCAUGCUAAAAUAGGCGCUUCUGUAAAUACGAAAUUACAGAAAGCUGAUGAACCAAAUGCCUGCAUUACCUCAGCAUCAGUGGACGUUCUUACUGUUCUUCUUGAGCGGGGUAGCAAGCUUAGAAAUGCCAUGGUGGUGUCUGCGUUGCAGGCUGAUAUUGAUUCUGACAUAGGUCUAAAGGACACGCCCCUGCAUUUACCAACAGAUAAUACCGGAACCCAUCCUUUGCUGCCCCCAGUUCCAUCAUCAGGGCAGCUGAUGGAGGAUAUCCUCUACUCAGAUAUUCAUCAUCCCACUCAGGACCGUGAACUCCUCAAGCCAGACCCUCAUGACACAGCUUUGGAGCAGAUUCUGGGGAGUGUUAAUGGAUCUGUUCUUGUGCCGUGGGACAGAGAAGGUUCUCUUCCAGGCUCUUUCUCUGGCUGCAGCAGUGUUCUUAUGGACAGUGAGCUGAGUGAUCCCCAAUAUGACCAAAGUCUACUGGAGAGCUUGUUCUACAAACCUUCAAUAAUGGAUGGUUGUUUGGGUGUAGAGGAGGAUGAACAUGAGCAAGAAAAAAGCUUGAAAAAAAAUGCCAGGCCAGAUUUGGAUAUCACACCACAGGGAGGAUGCAAGAAUUCAUUCCUCGGGCUAAGCAUGGAUAGGAUAUUACUUCUUAGAAGCAUCAGUUUAGCUAGAGUUAUAGUCAUUCAGUUAUCAGUCCCCACAGAAAAUACCCUUAAUAUACCAAAGAAGCAUUCAGAAAAGGGAAAACCACCUCUAUCUCUGACAACUAAGAAAUGUUCAUAUUUUGUGGAAUACCUGUUCCCGUUAUCAUCUGCUAAUAAUCUUAGUGAGAAGGCUAUCCCAGUUGAGGUUGCACGAGUUGUCUCCAAUAAAGUUGAAGGUGGAGUGGUGAAAUUUCAACAUCAGAGUGUUUUUGCAGUGCAUUUCAGUAGCCUCACUAUCAAGCAAUGGUGGGACACAAACCUUACCUUUACAGUUUACUUGAGGAAGGCUCAUCAAAAGAAACCUGUGCCAGUAGGGACGGCAGUAUUUCCCUUGCGCACUUUGAUUCAGAGUGAUCAGCUAAGUGUCACCGUGUCACUUCCUGUUCAACAGUUUAACAGAGACCUCUUUAAUCAGGAUAUUGGACCACUUAAGGUCUCAUUUAAACUGGCUGCAAACAAGAAAGAAAUCACUUCCAAAAGAAGAUUAGGGAAAACAGCAACUAAUGCAGGGACCUCUCGACUGAAGGCAGACAUAUCUAUUGGACAGCAAGAUGAUGGAGAUGCCUCAGAUUUUUUACAAGUUGAUAACAGUGCUCACCAGAGAGAGAACUCACCCCAGGCAGUUAAUUCCUUCCCAAACAUCCUAAUGCCAGAGGCCUUGUCUUUUUUACCACAGCGACCCAAAAUCUUUCCGCAUCAACAUGCUCAACAGACAGAUGAGGAAGAGAAUGAGAUAUUGUUCCACACUCUGCUCAUGGUGCCAGAUGGAAAAGAUUUCAUUUGUGCCCCUUUGCAGCCCAAUGUCUACUUAAAUUGUAGGCUCUUUGGAUCUGAAGAUAUGACUCGGUCUAUGGUCAGCUGGGGUCAGACACACCCAACAUUCUGCUUGGUUCAAGUGGCACCGGUACCUCUUACUUCCAGGCUAUUAAAGAGGAUGAGGAAUAAUGUGAUGGUCAUAGAGGUUUGGCUGAGAACAAUCUCUGGACAUAAUGAUAAACUCCUUGGGCUGGUUAAACUACCUCUACACCAGUUUUAUAUGUCAUUCAGAGACCCCAAAAUUUGCCAGUUACUUUUGCAAGCACAGUAUCCAGUGGUGGCAGUGGACAGCUAUAAGCCUGUAGUGGAUAUUUUCACUGGUGAAACACGUGGGAGUCUGAGGGUAUUUUUGGCUAUGGGCACGUCCCAGCAGAUUACAACUCUGCAGCGCAUUAGAGACAAGGAACUGAGCUCAGUGUCUCAGCUGUCCAGACCAGUUCACUUCCUUGACCACAGACCCAUGGAAGACAUAAAGGUGAAUUCUCUUUCCACCCAGGAUAUGAAUGAGCAUUUGUUUGUAGUGCGGAUUGAGGGAGUGAAGGGAUUAACUCCACUACAAUCUACUAUCUGGGGAGAAGCAGAUUGUUUUAUCCAGUACUCAUUUCCCACUCAGGAAGAGGCCUGGCAGGACGUCGACCCACAUAUCGUGGAAAGCCAUGUUCAUCUGAAGUCAUAUUGUACUGCUACUACAUUGUGCAUACCUGAUUUGGUUUUUGGCCACUGUAAGACACACGUGCUAGUGGCAGCUCCUGGUAUUCCAGUGCAGAGACUGUUGCUCAGCUCUCUGGCCAGUCAGGGUUUCAGCAAUGGAGGAGGAAUCCAGUUUGAAGUGUGGUGCAGGUACUAUUACCCAAAUAUGCGCGAGCAGCUGGUAGCCAGAGGACUGCUGCCCAUAGCCAAGCUGUGUGCCAUGGUGACAAUGCAAAGGCAAAUGGAAGCACAGCUUUUCUGUCUCCCACUAGUUCCAUGUUCUGACAAGCAUGCGAGUACCCAGACACAACCUUCAGGUCUCCUUCAAGUGAGUGUUCAGUACAAGACACGGUUGGCAAGGAGAAAUAGUUUAAAGAGCGGGAUUGUGCCAUCCUACGUCGUGAAUCUGGUCGUGCAGGUGCACAGAGCCACUGGCCUGCAGGCUGCAGCAAAGGCCAUAGGAUUGCAGUACUACUCAGAGGUGGGGGUAAACUCAUUCGUCACUUUGCAGCUCUCAUUUCUGCCUGAGAAGGAGUGCAGCAGGACACGCAUUGCAGCUAGGAGCUUUUGCCCAGAGUUUGAGCAUCAAACUGAGUUUUGCUGUCCACUGCUAGUACAGAGGGACAGCAGAGAGAGUGUGAGUCUAGCUGAGGCUCUACAAGAAGCUGUGGCAGUUUUUACAGUUUAUAACAGAGAUCAUUGCAAAGUACCACAUCCUUCAAGAUCUGAAGACAGUAUUCUGGGAUCUGUGAAAAUUCGCCUCGCUGACCUUCUUUAUAAAAGAACAGGUAUAUCUGGCUGGUAUGGUCUCUCACUUCCUCCAAGUGUGCCUUUACCUCACAGCCUCACUUCAGUCGGAGGGCUUGAGCUUUCUAUAAACUUCAGUCAUUGCACAGACCGGGAACGUGUCCUCAGUUCAGCCCGGGUCCUGGGGUGGAAAAUUGAAAGACACAGUGAGCAAGAUGAAGAGGAUGAAAGGAAAGGGGACACUUCUUCAGAAAUAAUGCGCACAAUGACAUUUUCUAUCAUUAUGCCCAGGGCUUGGGUACCAGUCCAGUGUUUGCUGCUCCCAGGUCACAAAGAGGUCCAGAGAUCUACCUAUUGUUACUAUAGAUACAAACUUUAUGACCAAGAGACCUUCUGCUCUGAGCUGAGACAUUCGGCUCUGAAAGAUGGUGAAAAGAGUGAGAUCAUGGCUACAAUAUCAUUCACUGGCACUCAGGCUAUAGAUCUGAGAGUGGACCAGCCACUGCUUUGGUACCUGAGGGAGGAGAAACUAGAAGUGCAGCUAUGGAUUUCCUUCGGCAAAGAGAAACGGAUGCGACCUCACAAGUUAGAUCGUCUGGUCGGGUGCGCCUUUGUGGAUCUUUCAGCUCUUGCAACAACUUCAAAGCACAAGCAGACAAUAAGUGGUGUGUAUCCUCUAUUUAAGCGUUCCGCUGCUGACCUGGGUGGAGCUGCUCUUAGAGUCCAUAUGACUGUGACAGUAGGAACCAUUUCACACAUACCCCUGUCCCCACCAUCCAUGGAGGAAGAAAUGCAGCUGAGCAGUUCAGGGGAGGAGGAGGAUAGAGAACCCUUGUCUAUACAAUCCCCCACUCCUGUCAGUCAGUCCAGACAGUGUUUUGUAUCAAAUAGACAACAGACUAAAUCGGUGCUAAGCUCAACAGUUUUCACCAACGACAACACCUUCACUGCAACUGUUAGUGUUGAACGAGCUAUGCACCUGAGUAUAAAAGCUGAGCAAAGUAACAGUCUCCACAGCUGCUGGGUGUCUUACAUAACAGCUGCUGAACCUGCUAUGGUUAGCACAGUUGCAGUACAGUACAGUGAGUCCCCAGUUUGGGACCAUCAGCAGGAAUGCAAACUCUCUAAAGAGCUUCUUCUAGAUCCACAGCAGUCUCUGGUGUUCAAAGUCUGGCACAAAGGGGAAAUAGAGCGUGUGAUAGGAUUUGCCUCAGUGGACCUGUCUCCACUUCUGUCUGGCUUUCAGUCCGUGUGUGGCUGGUACAACAUUACAGACUUAAGCGGGCAGUGUCAGGGCCAGAUCAAAGUGUCUGUGUCUCCUCUAAAGGGUGUGCAUGAGCUCCGAGCCCAGAGACAGGCUGUGUGUGAGAACAUAGCCGUGCAAUUCAGUCCUCUGUCUAGUGCUGUGCCAGUGUGUUAUCAAACCACAGCUGUGUACAGCAGCUUCCCUAGUCACAUCAGCAAUUUUUCUGAGCAGAAGAGCAGCACUCCUGAAGACUCUGGCCGAAUCCUUUUUAGAAGGUCUAGCCUGGUUGAUCAUCAUGAUGAGCACAUGGACAAUGUUCGCCAGUUCCAUAAGUUUCUGCAGGAAAAGGAAAUUGCCAUAUUAAAUAACUGUACUGAAUAUGUUCAGCCCUCUAGCUCAGCACUCUUUUCAGCCCUUAGGAAAAACCUCAGUGAGCUUGAUGAUAUUCGAAAGUACUUCAGUCACAAGUUGUCUGCACCUGUGUUCUCUGUACUGGAAGAGAGGAGUCAAAACUCUGUGGAUAAGAAAGUGUCCAAUGAUUCAGAGAAAGACACGCAGCAGCUACUGCUCAAGUCCAACCAACUUGUGGGAGAAGUCAAUGGCAAAAAUAAAAAUCUAAGAGAAGAACAAACCAAAGAAUCAUCCUCAGACACACACAGGAAUCUCUUGACACCAGUUGAAUCUGACAUGUAUGUUUUGUGUGUGGAAAAUUCAAAGCUAAUAGAGUCAGAGAAUUGUGAGACAGAGGAAUUAAAUAAAAAAUCCCUAGAGGCAAAGAUAGAGGACGUUUUACCUCUCUCAUCUCUAACUUCAGAAGACACUGAUUCUAAGAAUGAGGAUGUCCACGAGGAUGAGAUGGACGAGAAUAAAGAAGAGGACGAGGUGGAGAAAAGGGAUAUCAAGGGGUUUGAGGAGACAUUGAUAGAACCUCGACCACUCAACGAGAUCACUUCAGCCACAGACUGGACAAGCCCUUGGACUACUGUGCUGUCUGAUCUUGAGCUUGGCUCGCUCAAGAGUUUUGAGGCAACAGAAGUGUCUAAAGACCUUAUGCACCAAAAGCAUAAAGAAAUUGCAACAUCUCCACCAGUUAGUAUCUCUAAACCUCAAAGAGAUGCUACUGAUUCAGAUUAUUCCGGUGGUUCUGAAUCAUGUGAGAAUGCAAGAGGAGAUGCAGAAGAAGAUGCAGAAGAAGUGCACAAUGUUUGUGAUGAACAUCUAGAUAAAGAGGUAUUUUUUAUUGAAAAUUCCGCCCGAGAAACAAGGCAGAUUCUUGAUCAGGAUCAGCAUGAUAGCACUACAGAUGGUGAGUCAACAGAGGAUGACUCAACAUUAUCUUCUAGCUCCAGGUCUUGCACAAAGACAAUCACUAUAAGUGAAAAAAAGGAAAAUAAAGUGAAACUCCCUGAUGCUUCCAGAGAGAUUCCAAACUUCUUUCUUCCAUCUCACCAUUUGGAGGCAUCUAUGAGAGCACUGCGUUUGGCUCCUGUUUUUCCCACAAACUUUUCUGACCCUGCUUCUGAAAAAUCUAAGUUUACAGAUCAAAGAGUGACUCGUCCAAGGCCCAGGGUUACUCCAUCAUCAGAGCAAAGAGAAGAAACGAAAAGAAUAGCAAAAAUUUUUGCUUCCCAUUUUACACAAGGAAAUUAAGUUUGUAGAUUUUUUGUUGAUGUUUUAUUAUUUUGCCUUUUACAGCCUUUCUGUAUAAGAGUUGGAUGAUUUUAUUUAUUGGAUCUUAUAUGAAUUACAGUAGAUAUUGCAUAAUGUGAGCAAUACUAUGUACUUCAUAGUGGAAGUAUUAAUUUUUUUCUAAAUAAAGACAAUUGUUUUUCCAGAUGUGUUUAUUUAAGCAAAUAGAAAAUAGACCAAGUAUGCUAAGAAUUUGGCUGACAGAUGAGAAAAUUGCCCAAUUUGAGUUGCAGGGAACAAUGCUAGUCACUGACAGCGAUGUAACUGAAGUCUUAUCCAAGGGCAAACAGGCAAACAAUGUCCCCACUCUCCCUCUUUGUGUUCCCUAUAUCUGCUCUAAUUAGUUUACAAAAAGCUUGACCCCUGGCUGAACUUAACCUGCGCAGUGUAAGUGACAUUUAAGUAUUAUUUGGGGAGGAAACCUGCUUAAUGACAUGUAAUCAAAUCCAUUUAAUAGCCACCAAUUAUUAAUA